AAAAUUCUGUCACUCGUAAUGUCUGGGUUUUUGUAUUAUUUUCACUUUUUGCACUGUAUUUCAUUUUUUGCACUGACACUGUGUGAACUGAGUAUAGAUUUUGUUUCUUUUUAUAGAUGAAGAAGUACAAACAUUGUUUUGUGGUCUGUUUUUGUUGUAUAAUUAUUUUCCUUUUAAUUUUUUUAAACUUUUCCGAGGUAACUUUACAACAUUGUUGUACAUAAACAUUGAAUGGUUGUCAUUAGCCGAAUCAGUCAUAUUAGCUGAAUUCAUAUUAGGGACGGGAAACUCGUCUUAGACGGGAAACUCGUCUGCGAAAACCCGUCUGAAUAUGAAUUUAGGGACGGGUAAAUUCGAAUUUAAGACGAGUUUCCCGUCUAGACGAGAUUCCCGUCUAACUUUCCCGUCUGUUUAGACGGGUAAGUUAGACGGGAAAGUUCAGACGGGAAACUCGUCUGCGCCCGGAUUCAUAUUAGACGAGUUUCCCGUCUGAGACGAGUUUCCCGUCUCUAAUCAGUAUGAAUUCGGCUAUAUGAAUUUAGGGACGGAUGAAUUCGAAUUUAAGACGAGUUUCUCGUCUAGAUGGGAUUCCCGUCUAACUUUCCCCGUCCGGUUUAGACGGGUAAGUUAGACAGGAAAGUUCGGACGAGAUACUCGUCUGCCCCCGGAUUCAUAUUAGACGGGUUUCCCGUCUAAGACGAGUUUCCCGUCUAAGACGAGUUUCCUGUCCCUAAUAUGAAUUCGGCUAAUUGCAUCUACAAUCCGGUCGACAAAAUAUUUGAGACAAUCCCCCCCCCCCCCAUGUCAAUGUUGCUUUGUGCUGUAAAAUUGCCGUUUUUUCAAAUAUAAUGCAUUAGAUUUAGAUUUUGAAUACCAAUACUCAAUACUUACAACUAAUGUUUGAUCUAGGCAAAAAAGGGUAAAUUCCCGUAAAGAACUUAUUAAAAUUAGUAAAAUUGCAAAAUUUGGUUAUACGAAAUGUUGUAAAAUACGCCGGAAAAUAUAUUACGUAAAAUAUAUCCUUGCGAAUUUUGCAUAUUUGAUAUGUUUGUAUAUUUAUAUACAUGCUGAAAUUGUUAGGGGAGAACCAUUAGAAAUCCCGGGAGGGGUAUAAAAUUUUUGCGGCACGAUUUUUUUUUACAGUUUCAUGUCUCUGCAGGAUUUUUUUAACCUCUGCAAGAAUUUUUUUCAAAACUAUUUGCACUUUGCUGUUUGCUCGGCACGAUUUAUUUCUCUGACGUAAUGGCUGCGCGAAUUUUUUUCCAGGCUUCAAGAUUUCCAACAUUUCGCAACCAAAUUUUACAAUUUCACUAAUUUUAUUAUGUUUUUUUAGUUGUGGUGUUUGAUUCCCUUCUCUUUACUUAGACUAAAACAGUUUAGUUCAUGCAAGUUGUCCAAUGCGGUUGUUGGGUCACGUUAUAUUUCUGUCAGAAAGGUGUAUAAUAGCAGAAAGUAAAAUGAAUUUAUAGUUGUUCACUUUAUUACUAAAUAUUAGUAUUCAUUGCCCAUGGGCAUGAGGACAAUCUCACGCUUCAGUGCAUUUAAGGCAGCGUUUACACUGUACCGUUUUCGUAGCGUUCUCGUAUUGUUCGAGAGAACUAGACUAUUGUCUUGCGUUCCCUUGAGGAUUAAGAACAAUACGAGAACGCUACGAAAACGGUACAGUGUAAACGCUGCCUUAAUCCGAAUAAGUAUCGAUAACUUUCAUAAACAUGACUUUCUGAUCAUCAUUAAUGCGGUUUAACAUGUGACUUAAAUACCGCGUCGUGAUUUGUUUGUUGGCUUAGUACUUAUUCGUGAUUAUUGCAAACCAUUUAAAACACUCGCAGUCCGUGCCGUACUGCCGUGUAAGCCGGUUACAGACGAGCAAGUUUCCUAUGACAAGUUUUUAUGUGGCAAGUUAUAUUUGCUCGUCUGUAUACGCAACUUUGACAAUUUUUACUGCAUGUGACAAGUACACUAACAUGCUAUAGCUUUUCAACAAGUGUACUUCUCACAGCAAUGGAUGGCCGCCAUGCAUCAAUUGCAAACAAAGAAUUAUUUUUUAGAUGCAUACAAUGAUAUUUGGUAUUUGUUCAACUUUUGAAUGAUUUUUGAAUGAAUUGAAUAUCUGACUUGAUAUCUUGACUAUUUUAUAGAUACAAGAGCCUUCUAUUAAAGUUAACAUUUCUGACAUUAAGGUAGAGUAUGGUGAAGACACUGAAGAGUCAGGGAAAAUAUAACCUGACACACUCAGGCCAUUCUGGUAAAGGGAUAAACGUUUUUAUUUGUGUCUGUGUGUGUGCUUGUUUGUCUGUUUGCACGAUAACGGCUUAAAAAAUAUCAAACGCAUUACAGUGAUACGAAAAGUCUGUGGAUCUAAAGGCGGUUUUCCACUAGGCGAAAUUUUUCGACCGAAUCGAAAUUUUCUUUUGUCUUACAAGCACUCAGAUGGAACUAAACAGAAAUCUUUUGAAUUUGAACAAUAGAAAUUUCGGUUCGAUCGAAAAAUUUCGCUUAGUGGAAAACGCCUUAAUGGACAACCCAAGGACAGAUUGAUUAAAUUUUGGUUAAAUUUGGAAAAUUGAUGAGAAAUUAGAAAAAACUUUGUCGUUUUGUAGAGUAAACCAUUGAACUAUAAAUAAACUGGAAGGCUAACUGCUAUGAAGAAGGCCUAUGAUUUGCUGAAGCCAAAUUAGUUUUUCUGAGUUACUGCGGAGCAGAAAUAUUUGAUCCCAAACGUUUGGCUAUAUAAUAUAUAUAUCAAACUGAAGCUAUUGAAAAUUGCUAUUCGGUGUGCCGGAAAUUUCAAGACUUCAGCGAAAAGAAAAUUUAUUUUUUUUAAAUACAAAAACAACUGCCAUUCGGCCAAAAUAUGGCAAAUUAUCAGCAAUUAUUUUUGUAGUUUUUAAAUAUUUUCCUUUUAGCUAAAGUCUUGAAAUUUCUACACCAAAUAGCUUUUUUCAAUAGCUUCAGUUUCAUAUACAGCACAACGUUCAGUGUUGAGUAUUUCUGCUCAUAACUCAGAAAAACUAAAAUGCACUGGCUUCAAUUCCCCCCCCCCCUGAGUUAGCCUUCCAGUUUACUUCAAUGGAGUUCAAUGGAUUCAAACUGAAUGUGUAAUUACCCAAUGCAUAAUACAAUUAUACAAUUAUACAAUUAUACAAUGUAUGAUGCAUAUCUCAAUUCGCUGGCGGAGGAAUGCAGUGCAUUUCUGAGAGUCCUUUAGUUGAUAAAUAAAAUUUAAAAAUUCAUUAAUAAUUCACGAGGAAAAUACAAAAGAAAUGAAUGUUUAAUCAAUGUUUGUAAAUCGGAUGAAGAUUUGUCCCGAUUUACAUAAACUUCAGCUCUGAUUUUUUCGGCUUAGACAAUGUUUAUUUUUGAAAUUACUUCGCAAAUGAACUCAUUAGAUGGGUCAUUUUUUAAGUACGAUAAAACAUUCGCAUCCGAUCUGUAUCUGAUAUAUCAUGUUUUAUCUAGUACUUAAAAUUUUAAAUAUUAAACUUUAAAUUAUUAAAUAAAAUUAAGUAAUUUAAAUAUUAAACUAUCAAUGAAAAAAUAAGUUCCUCUCAUAAUAUUAUAACAUACUAUAUGAUCAAAUUUCCGAAAUAUAUCUUAACAUCAUUUCAUAUUGUAAUAAAUAAUUUUAUAAACUGAUAUUUAUCUUAAUUAAAGGACAUUGGCAAUAAAAAAUUGGUUUGUCUCAUUCAAAAGAACUCUUAAAAUUAUAUAUUAAACUCUAUUACCGAUUUGUCAUAUCUUGCUUAGUUCUCGAAAUAUUUAGACCGAAAUCUGAAUGAGCUUUCCGCCAUCUUGGAAAAAUGCUUUACCUCAUUAACUAUGGUUUUGAUGACGUCAGGAGUUGGGUUAACCAUAUAAAACUACUCUAAAAUGACCGAGUAACAAUCCAAUAUUGUUUGAAUUUUUUUUAAUCAUUUCUAAAUUUCAGACAGCAACCAGAAACGAAGUUUUGAACUCAUAUUGAUCACUUACUCUCAAGAUAAAAACUUAGCGUGACCCCUCUCUUAACGUAACAUGCAUAUCCUCAAUAAUCCAAGAAGGCGAACAGCUCAAUUUUUUCAGUCGAAAUAUUUUGAAAACUAAGCUAGAUAUAAACAAUCUGGAAUAGAGUUUAAUAUAUAGUUUUAAGAGUUCUUUCAAAUGAACUAAGCUAAUUUUUUAUUGCCAAUGUCCUGAAUUAAAUGUCUAUAACCGACAAUUUAUGUUUAACUUUUAAAUUUUUAAACCUAUUUCAGAAGAAACAGAAAGCUAAAAUACAGGAACCUGUGACCACGCGCAGUGAUAUAAGAAAAGCAACGGCCACGCCUACUUUAUUCGAAACACCAGAUUCUGAAUCGAAUUCUUCUAUGGUAUGAGUUACAUUUCGGGUCACAGAAAUGACAAAUCCCUCACUUAAACCAACGUCAAAAACUUUAAACUUUAAACAUUAAACUCAACAUAAUACUUUUCGUGUAUGUUGGUAUUAUAUACUCAGGCGAAUAUGAUGUUUGUGAUGUUACUCUGAGUGUGCAUCCACACGGGCAAACUGACAAUUUUGCCUAACCACGGUGGGAAUCGAACCCGCGACAUUUGGGAUACUAGUCCAAUGCUUUACCAACUGAGCUACGAGAUGCUCUACCAACUGAGCUACGACUUGACUUCGUAGGCUACGAUGUCAAGUCGUAGCUCAGUUGGUAGAGCAUUGCACUAGUAUCCCAGAGGUCGCGGGUUCGAUUCCCAUUGUGGUCAAACCGCAAACCUUUCAGCUUGCCCGGUGUUGAUGCACACUCAGAGUAACAUCACAAACAUCAUUAACUCAACAAUAUGCAUGAAUAUCGAGCGGAUGUUUGAGAAUCUCGCUCGAUAGAACUACUACAUAACUUCUUCAGUAGAAUAUAGUAGAACUCUUCCUUUCCGAGAUAUUCAACUUUGCUUGACAUGCAACUAUAUCAUCAGUAUAGAGUACGGACAUCAUACUGCAUAAUGAGAUUUUGAAGAGUAUCAUUAAUUAAUUCUGAAAUUGGUGAAAUAUUCCACAAACAGAUACGGAAGCCUAAUGAUUAAAUGAUUUAUUCCGACAUACAGCAUAUAAGCAGAAUUGUAAAUAUUUGUUAUCGUUAUCCCACAAGAUAUAAAAUACUCUGUUAUAGAAACUCAUUAUGCAGUGUGAUGUCAUGUACUGCCGAUGAUAUUUGCAUAUCAAACAAAGUUAAAUAUCUCGGGAAGGAGAAAAGCUACAAUUAAAGAAGUUACACAGUCAUUUUAAGUGAUCUUUGAAUCAAGAAAAUAUUGGGUGAAAUUUCGUGUCAUAAGUGUGCAAGUUAAUUAACUGAUACAAGUUGAUUAACUGUUAACUGCUUUUAACCACACGCUUUAAGAUGAACUGCCUUUUCAGACGAGUCCUUGAUCUUUUUAACAUUUCCUUUCCUUUCCUUUCCUUUCCUAAAAAAUAUGAAAUUUUGAAAAAACUUUGCACCUUAUGGAUCUCUCCAUGCAGUGCAAAUAAAGUUAAGUUAGUUUAGGUAUCCAGUAUAUAUAUAUAUAUAUAAUUAGCGGUUUAGUUUGGUUUCCUCCUAUAGCUGUAGCAACACUGGACCAAGAAGUGAUGAAUCUUACUGAACUUCUGGGAAGAACAGUUUAGAACUGAUAAAGCUAUCCAGUAUAAAUACAGUUUAGAAUUACUGGUAGAGCCAUCCUUUACAAAUAGGCCUAAAUAGUUUAAUUUCCUUCAUGUCGUAACACAGCUACACUGAACUAAGUUUAGUUUAGUUAAUAGUUAGCACAAGAUGCGCUGAAUUUUCUCUAAAAAGCAAUCCUUUACAACUUGUGCUAUUAAAAUUUAGGCAGAAUGUCCUUCGGUGAUAGAAGAAGGCAGUGGAAACAAAGACCCGAGGAUCUGCCUAAUACCCGAACUAGAUCCAUUUCAUCCAUCUAUCAUGCAAUAUAUCAGGGACACAAAAGACCCAGAUUGCCGUGGCACUACCUAUGGCAAGUUAUCGAAUGGAACUCUGAAAUUCGUUGGUAAGUGGUCCUUCGAGUCGAAUAUUUGGUCAUUGGAGCCGGACUAUGACCUUACUGGAUCCUGGACAUGCAAUUAGUUUAUAGUUUAAUUUACUCCUGUAGCAACACUGGAUCAAUAAGGGAUGAUCCUUACUGGAUCUCUAGAGAGAACAGUUUUAGAUCUAGUGAUAGAGCUAUAAUUCAGUAUAAAUAAAGUUAGUUUAGUUUAUGUUUCCUCUUUUAGUAACACCAUAUAGCAAUAAGGGAUGGCCUUUACUGAACUUGUAAGAAGAACAGUUUAGAACUGCAUGAUAGAGCUAUCCAGUAUAAAUAGAGUUAGUUUAGUCUCUGUUUCCUCCUGUAGUAACACUGGAUCAAUAAGCGAUGAUCCUUAAGGGACCUCUAUAGAGAGAAUAGUUUCGAAUUGAUAAAACUAUCUAGUUUAAAUCAAGUUUUUUUUAGAACAGCCAUCCCAGAAUUGUCAAUGACAGACUAUUUUGCCCCAUAGAUCCGAACGUGAUCUCAGCGAGCUACAGUCCCAUACUUAGAAAAGGGGACUUCUCUUAUACUUUGGGCCCUAAAGUGCCAGUCAAACCUAAAUCCCCUAUCACUGAUGAAAUGAUUGAAGUAUCAUUUCGUCUCAAAAAUGGCCAAAUCAAGAAAGAUUCUCUCAUACAAAUUGCUACCGAAAAUCGCAAAUACGACACUAAAUAUUCCAAGAAACCUGGAAUUCCUUUAAAUAUUUUGGUAUUGGGCAUCGAUUCCUUGUCUUAUGCAAAUGCCAUCCGCAAACUACCAGAAGUUGUGAAGUUUUUAAAGCAGAAUAACGCGCUGUUUUUUUCUGGCCACACAAUCGUCGGUGAUGGGACAACACCGCAGUUAACAGCCAUGUUGACCGGGAAAUAUAUCGAGGAGCAGUAUGAAGCGAGGACUGGCAUGCCCGGAGCCAAACCAGUCGAUGGGUGGACGUGGAUUUUUAAACAAUUGAAAGGUGUGUUGAAUUUGCAGGCCUUAAAAUAUCGGUCUGUCACGGACAUUGUCCGACCCAUUCGUGAAAUUGUCCGACGUAGAGAGAAAACGACUGGACAUUCUGUCCGACCUAAGUAAAACUGAGGUUUAUUCUUUGUCCGACCACAGUGUAUUGGUGUCCGACCGAACUGUUGCUUUGUCCGACGUACAUCAAAAUGUUGCCGUGACAGUGACAGUGACAGCGGACUUUGUCCCGCAAUACAUAAUUUUCUGAGUAUAGGAUAGACAAUGAUCACGUGUGUUCAGUGAGAUAUAUAGACUCCCUCUAAUUAGUUAGGCCGUCUAACGAAUUCGAGGGAGUUUAUAUCCCACUGAACACAAGUGAUCAUUGUCUAUCCGACUUAGAGCAUGAUCACAUCCAGAAAGAAUUCUUUCUUUCCGUUCUAUUUUUGGGAAGUAAUUUUUUUAAUAUGUUUUAUCGAUUAAUACUCGCAGUGAGUUUAUUGAACUGAUCAGAACGCUCUUAAUCUGAUUAGUAUGCUCUAUAAAAUUUCUAAUUAAUAUCUCAAUGGCCAACUAGAAAUGAAACCCAAGGUAGAGUUCUGGUUUGACAUACCAGCAUAGAGACCAUACAGAAGACCAACUUCUGGUUAGCGCACUAGCUAGGAACAUGACGAGUACCUUUAAUGACGAAUCAUUGCGAAUCAUGGCGUGGCGGCGGAUAGCAGAUAACGUUAUAUCCACAGGGUAGUUUUUUCAACCGAUGUAAAAUUGCAUUUCAAAAUUCAUUAAUAAUUCAUGAUUAAAUUAGCCAACCAUAUUGCUUUAUUUAGUGCUCACAUGAUAAUACUGGAUACUUGGUGAAGUAUAUUGACCCAGUCCAAAGAUCGAUCAAAUUGCGCAGACUGUACUUGAAAUCUAGUCCAGUCUUCAUAAUUGGACUUGAAAUACCUUUGCCUUAUGGUAGCUAGUAAACAGACGGUAAUUUAUGAAAGUACAACUGAGAGAUUCAUCUAUUUACAGACCACCUAAUCGUGAUCAGUGACUAGCUAUAGCCAUAUAGACCCCUGAAUUUUUUUGGACAAAUCUUAUUUGAAUCAAUAAAACUGUUAUUCUCCAAAUAUUAUUUGAGAUAUUCAAGAAUUAAUUUUCCAUACUAACGCAUUGCAUCCCUUUCAGAACAUGGCUACCUGACAGGCAUAUCGGAAGACGGUAUUUGGAAUGGACCGUUUCAAUAUCGACUCAUGGGAUUCAAAAACCCUCCUACAGAUUUAUACCCACGGCCAUUCUUCCUGGCUAUUGCCAAGCGAACAAAAUAUCCUUCUGAUCGCUGCGUCAAUAACAGAAAUGUUCCCGAAAUCCAUUUCGAUUAUGUUCGCGCCGUUUUCAAUUCAUAUCCAAAGAAAUUGAAGUUUUUUGUAUCUUUUAAUGGUAAGUUGAAGUCUUUUUGUAUCAAAUAAGUGGGUUUUACUAAGCACUGUCGACGUUCUGCAGCUUGUAUCAGAUUUUUCAGGUAAUUGUAUCACUGUCAAUCUUAAACGGGGCGCCCGGCUUCCUAAUAAUUUCCUAUACAAAACGAGGCAUCCGUCACUUGGCUCAAACGGGGCGCUUGUCAUAAGCAGCAGGCUGAAAUUUGUCCAUGUAAAGUCAUCAGCCCGGAUAACCGGUCUAGCGUAAAUAUCUCGCUAAACACAAAAAAAUAUUUAUAGAAGUGGGUACUCGUCAGGUUAACCUCGGUUAAAAUAGUUUUUGAUCGAAAAUUUGUCCAAUAAAGCAUGAAUCUGACAUUCGUGACCGACCUAUCUCAAACUCAUUUUAAAAUAAUGUAUGAGUAAAUUAGCCUACCAUAUUGCCCUAUUUUGCUCACAUGAUAAUACUGGAUACUUGGUGAAGUAUAUUGAUCCAGUCCUAGGACUAGAUCAAAAUUAAUUCACUCCUUGGACUGGAUCAAAAUUAAUUCACCUCACUUUCAGUAGUGAUUUAUUCGCAUGAGAUGUCAUUUCAAAUCCUCCAAUUCGGACUGAACUAGAUUUCAAGUCCUCGCAUUUUGAUCCAGACCUCGGCUUCGCCUCGGACUUGAUCAAAUUGCGCGGACUUGAAAUCUAGUCUAGUCCUCAUAGUCGGAUUUGAAAUAUUACUUCACUAUUAGAACUAGAUACAUAGCUUAUUCGAAUCAAAAUUUAGAGCUAGUCUUGAGAACUGAAUUGCUAAUGAUUUACAAGGUUAAAAUACAUUCGGAGUUCUCCGGAUUUUCGGAGUUCUCCGGAUUUUCGGAACACUAAUUGAAUCGAACCGAAAACGGUCACAUGACUGUUCUGACUGCCCCUACUCAAAAGUAGCGACAGUCAGAACGGUCAUGUGAUCGUCAGAACAGUCAUGUGACCAUUAUUGGUUCGAUUUAAUUAGUGUUCCGAAAAUCCGGAGUACUCCGAACAGUAAAUGGAGCAGCUUCGAUUACAUAUCAAAUUAUGUAAUAGUCAUUAAAUCUACUGCUCAUAGUUAUGAAGUUGUAUUUCGUGCACGACAAGGAACAAAAUAAUUAUUACUUAAUCUAUUUGUGCGCAUCACGGGAAGAUUAAUAUAUAAAUUUGGUUUGUUCUGAAAUUAUUUGGUGCUGAAUUUCUCGGUGGCAUUAGUUCCUUUAAUUUGUGUUCAUUAUUUGCUUCGAUUUUUGAGAAUAAUUUAAUACACAGCAUCUCUCUUCUUUCUUAUAAUGUCCCCAAUUUUGCCUUUAUCAUCCCGGCUAGCCACAGGCUCAUGUAAAUAUAGCCCCUCUAUCAUACAAGAUGUGGAAAAUCUCUUAUUACAUCUUUCACCCUUUCGUUUCAGCUGGAUAUUCGCACCACGAAAUCAACGAAGUAAAGAAAAACCAAGUCCCCUUGAUGGCGUUAUUGAAGGAUUUAAAAUCUAACGGUCACCUGGACAACACGCUGGUCAUUCUCUUCGGUGAUCACGGGCUCAGAUAUGGUAAGGUAAGAGCACAAGUCCAAGGCAAACUAGAAGAAAGGUUACCUCUAUUUGCGAUCCUCACACCCCCCUGGUUUCAAUCAAAAUACCCGAACAUUAUGGAAAAUCUGAAGAGAAACCGGGGGAGGCUUACCUCAUGGUUUGACGUCUAUGCGACGUUCCGACAUGUGCUUUCGUACCCAGAUCCUCCGACGGGCCUCACGCGCGGCCAGAGUCUUUUCUCCGAGGUUCCUAAAACCCGGUCGUGUAAGGAAGCUGGGACAGCCGAACAUUGGUGCCCAUGUUUACAGUGGGUGACAGUGGACGCGCGCCACCCUCAUAUACAAAACGCCGCGUUAGCCGCCAUAGAAUACAUAAAUAAUUUAUUAUCAAAAGAUAACACUAGUUUACAUAAUUGUACUUCACUAACACUCAAAGAUAUAAACUUUGCGCAAUUGGAGCGGCCAAAUCAGGCCGUCGUUAACACGUACCUUAAAAAGGGGGCGACUUUUAAACAAGGCGAAGAAUACUUUUGCCGAUAUCGACUGCAAUUCGUAACCUCGCCCAACGAGGGGCUCUUCGAAGCGACUGUGAAGUACCACAAGAAACGGUUUGUGGUCGGGACGAGCAUCAGUAGGAUCAAUAAAUACGGCGAUCAGCCGGCGUGCGUCGCUGCGAAACUACCGCAUGUUAGAAAAUAUUGUCUAUGUAAGGAUUACACUGGCUUGUUAUAG